GGGUCCAAACUUCCAGCGACCAGUCUGACAGCUUAUGCACAGAUAAGCGUAGUGACUAAUUCGUCAUUCUCUAAUAGUCGAAAUACAAUGGAGAGUGAACGUCUUAAGAAGGCAGCAGUACUGAAGACACUGGACUAAGGAGGACAGGUCGUAUGUUGUUCGCAAGAUGUUUGCCCUUCUGAGGCUUGCUGUGCUGACCUGCUGCUGGCUGAUCGCUCACUGCACAAGAACGUCUCAAGUUGCCGACGACAAUGACGCAGACUUGUAUUUAACCUCGCCGGAGCUGAUCGCGAAGUAUGGUUACCCAGUGGAGACGCACAGCAUUCAGACAGAAGACGGCUAUAUCCUGGAGCUCCAUCGCAUUCCUCAUGGGAAAUCAGAGCCAGCGGACACGAUGAGACCUGCAGUGCUCAUUCACCACGCUCUGCUCUGCAGUUCUUUCGACUGGGUCGUCCUGGGUCCACAAAAGUCACUCGGAUUCAUCCUGGCAGAUUCUGGAUAUGACGUGUGGCUGGCAAAUGCUCGCGGAAACACAUACUCCAGGAAACACGUGUCCCUCGAUCCAGCAGACCACAAGUUUUGGGAAUACAGUUGGCACGAAAUGGGAACUUACGACGUUCCUGCGGAAAUCGACUUCAUUCUAAAGAAGACCGGCCAGGAGAAAGUCUUCUACAUCGGACACUCCAUGGGCUCGACCAUGUUCUUCGUGAUGACGUCACAAAGACCGGAAUACAACGAGAAGAUAAGGGCCAUGAUUGCUUUCGCCCCAGCAGUAUUUUUCACACCCACGAAGAACCCAAUUUAUUACCGCAUUCAAUCAAUCGGCGAACGAUUACUGGAGGGACUGUUCUAUGCCUUUGGGCUCGACGAGUUUCUGCCCCAGAAUGGAAUACUAAAUCCAAUCAGCAUUGCAGCCUGCAAGCACACGCUUUUCACAAGUAGAUUGUGCGUGAACUUUAUUUUUUUCAUAGUUGGCAAGAGCAGUCAGCUGGACAAGAAGAGGCUCGAAGUGAUGCUGGCCCACACUCCAGCUGGGGGGUCCACAAGGGAGGUCAUGCACUUCGCACAAGAGGCCCUGUCAGGCGAAUUCCGUCAGUUCGAUUUCGGUGAGGAGAAGAACAUGGAUCUGUACGGACAGGCCACUCCUCCGAGGUACAAUAUGAGUCUGAUCACAACCCCCGUCGCCUUGUUCUACAGUGAUAAUGACAAGCUUGCGCCAGAAUACAAUGUGAAUAAGGUCUACAACGCCUUACCUAAUGUAAUCGGAAAAUUCCGAGUUCCCCUGAAAACGUUCAACCACCUAGACUUUAUGUGGGGCAAAGACGCCAAAACCCUAGUCUUUAAAGACGUGUUGACUAUCAUGAAGAAAUACGAAAAAGAUUCAAAAACAUAAUAAUAAUCCACAUGUACCUCAAUUGCUGCUGAAUAUAAUAUUCUAUAUCUUGACUUUACAUAGAAUAUAGAUUCAGAUUCCUUUAUUAAGAUCAUAGAGCGUAUGAAAGACUACGUAAAAGUUGACUAACGUCUGUUUUAAAGCGAAUUUUCUCUAGUCCUUUUCAUUUGGCCCGGAAAAGAAACACUGAAAUCACCAUCGCAUCCUUUGCACCGAAGUGAACUAAAUUUCGUCGAGGGCAAACAAAUAGAGAACCAAACUUCGUCAGUCUCCGAAGGUACAAGAAUAACGAUAGUGUGGUCUAUUUUAAAGCAGGAUCGUUCGUUAUUUAAAUUAUUUGGAGCUGGAUACGAAGAUUGCAAACAACGUUGAGAUUCCAGGUUUAUAAUAUAUUUAUGUAUUAAAAAUUACAUAAUGUACCAGAUUGUAAUUAAAAUUAUUGUGUAUAUCCCUCACAUAA